AUGCAUUAUGACUUCUGCAAGUUAAAAACGCUGUCCCCUAAGGAGGCUCAAGAAGAAGACCUCCUGCUAGAGUCUAUUACUUGGCCUGAAACGCCACCUUUAUCAUUUCCUCUUUCCCUGGAAAAGACCAGUGAUCCAGCCCACAGCACCUUCACCAUUCUUCCAAAGAGGGGAGGGGGCCAGUGGCGAAUAGGAGAUAAGCUGGAGGUUAUGAUUAACAUGAAGGACUUUCAGGGCCGUCCAAAAAAGUUUGGAGGAGAUGUUUUACUUGCCCGGCUGCACAGCCCAACUAUCGGUGCAGGUGUUGCAGGGGAAGUGGUGGAUCAUCUCAAUGGCUCUUACACAGCUGUAUUCUUUUUACUCUGGAAAGGAAGUGCACAAGUCCAGGUGACACUGGUUCACCCCAGUGAGGCAGUCACGGAGCUGCGCAGGCUGAACAGAGAACACCCUGACAGGAUUUUCUUUAAGAGCGUCUUCCAGUCAGGCUCAGUCACUGAAACUACCACCUGUAACAUAUGUUUGCGUCCGACCCAGAAGCCUCUGUGCAACUACACUGACCUCCGUACAGGCGAGCCCUGGUUCUGCUACAAGCCAGAUAAUCUGAGUUGUGAUGCCAGGAUGAAUUACUUCAAUGGAGGAUAUCAACAAAACAUCACAACCAUGGAGAAGCUUUUUCACAGUGGUGUCAACUUGAAAGUCUCCAUUCGAGCUUCAGGACCUGCAGGUGUCACCAUUUUUCCAAAAAUGAAAGGACAGUCAGAGGAGAAGAGCAGCAGUGAGGAGUCUGGACCCUCGGGCUAUUACUACCAAGAUGUUUGGCGAGGACUAGGUGGCACAAAAAUUCGUCAGUUCAACACUUCCUCGGCCAUCGCUCAGUGCCUGAAAGGCAAGGUGGUUCAUAUGUAUGGAGACUCCACCAUUAGGCAGUGGUUUGAACACCUUACAGCAACACUACCAGAUCUCAAGGAGUUUGACCUGAAUAGUGAGAAACAAGCUGGACCUUUCAUGGCCCUGAACUUUACAAACAACAUCAUGGUGAAGUACCGCUGCCACGGUCCUCCUCUCCGGAGCACUACUGUCCCAGCCAUUGAAUUGCAUUAUAUUGCCAACGAGUUAGACAGCAUGGUUGGAGGCAGCAAAACCGUUGUAGUACUUGGAAUCUGGGCACACUUUGGCACUUUUCCCUUGGAGUUCUACAUCCGGCGGAUGUUGUCCAUCCGCAGGGCAGUGGUGCGGCUGCUGUCCAGGGCUCCAGACACACUGGUGGUUAUUCGGACCGGAAACCCCAAAUCUUUAACAUGUUUCCUUCACUCAUCUACUAACAGUGACUGGUACACGCUGCAGCAACUCAAAGUGCUCAAGGCCAUAUUCAAAGGACUGAAUGUCCAUCUGGUGAAUGCCUGGGAGAUGGUCAUUGCCCACCACCUGCCCCAAGAACUCCAUCCACAACCUCCCAUUAUUAAGAACAUGAUUAAUGUUCUCUUGUCGUAUAUAUGCCCUGAAAAGGAUGGUUAG